AUGGAUUACGUCCUAAUCGCAUUAAUAACCUCCCUUCUUGGGUUCGUUAUAAUCUUGGCAAUCUUCUUUUUCCAAUCUGGUGGUAUUAAAAAUAUCAAAACUAGUUCCAGAUCUCCAUAUUAUAAACCGUCAUUCUUAAUCCUUGGUGCUAAUAAUUCCGGUAAAACAAGUUUCUACUAUAAAUUGCUUGAAAUGGACCAAACAGGAGAAAACACCAAUAUUGUUACUCCAACUGUGUCGUCGCUUGAACCAAAUAUUACUGAAGUUGGACUCCCAUUGGCUACUCAAGCAUUUAGUAAGAAAUAUCAAAUUGUGGAUUAUCCAGGACAUUUAAAGUAUAAUCAAUUGUUUGAAAAAUUAAUGAUUAAUGAUAUUACUUUACAAAAUAUCAAGGGAAUUGUCUAUAUGAUUGAUUCAUCUCUGGUGAAUUUCAAUGAUCCUGAUCAAGUUGAACAUAUCGUUAAAUUCUUGUAUAAUUUAUUGCCCAUUACCGAAAGAAAACGUACUGGGGUUGAUUUCUUAUUUGCUGUUAACAAGACUGAUUUAUUUGAUUCCGUGCCAAUUCAUAAAAUUCAAAGUAUUUUGACUACAGAAAUUGAUAAAUUAAUUCAUAAUGAAAUUUCAAAUAUUGACAAGACUUCAGGAAUCGAUAAAGUUAGUGAAGAGGAUGAUGAAGAUGAUGCUCAUAAUCAACAAUCAUUACGUGAAUUUUGGUUGAGUGUUAUUGGAUCUCCUAAUGAAAAAUUCUCAUUUGAUAAAUUAGAAGGUAAUAUGGAUUUCUUUGGUGGAAGUGUUUUGAAAGGAAAGGUUGAAAAAUGGGAAAACUGGAUCGAUGAAAAAGUUGUAAAUCCACAAUAG